CUUGACUUUUGUUGCUAUAAAAACUAUAACGCAUGCAUUGCGUUCGUCACAGGGAGCUCUUUGUGAACUUUCUUUCUACUUUUUCAAUGCAAUGGCUAGUGUGCUGACUUUCAGUGAAAGCUUACUCAAAACAGUUUUCUUCGUACUCAAUUUUUGUCUGUGGGCAUGUGGCCUUGUAGUGAUUGCAUCAACCGUCUACUCGCUCGGAGGUUGGGAGCAGCUGCGGGAAGUAGAUUUCUUCCCCAAUAACUUCUCCUCCAUCUCCUACAGGACCAGUGUGCUCCUCUUCCUGUCGGGUCUCCUUCUAUCACUUCUGGGGGGAUUAGGAUGUUUCGGAUCUUGCAACGACAGUCCACAUGUAUUCUAUUCGUACUCGGCUGUUUUGGUUGUUCUUUUCGCCGUGGAAGCAGGAGCUCUCUUUUACCUCAACAACGACUAUAAUAGAUCUUCCGAGGUGAUGUCGAUGGUUUUGGACAACAAUUUGAGGGCUUACUUUGAGGACAAACCAACAAAAGAAAGUUGGGGACUUUAUACAAAACAAGUUCAGUUGUUGUGGGGGAUCAAAUUACACUACUUGGUUCGAAGUGUUCCACAACAAAACAGUUCCAGUUUCUUGUUGUGUCGCUCCAUCUUCAGAAUGCGCAAGCAACCCACCAAGUGGAAUUUAUUCACAGAACUGCAGUGAAGCAUUGUGGGAGUUUGUGAACGAUAGAGUUCUGGUUGUCACUCUGGUCGGCCUUGUGGUCGCACUCACAGAGUGGCUGUGCAUUGUGACUUCUUGCUGUAUUGGAAAUGCCAUCUAUGAUCGAAAUCCUAUACGCUAUAGACGUCUGGGAGUCGAAUAGACUGCGGCAGACUACUAGUUUUAUAGGGCAGUGAAAGGGAGAUUAAGAGCUCUCUGUUUUGCAUUUCAAUCGUCUCAUUGCAUCAAACGGCCCUUUUGCCAUUCACCACCGCAAAAUUUAACACCUUUUUUUGAUAUUAUAACCAACAGUAUUACAAGGCUGUACAUGAGAUCAAUUUUAUGUAGGAUAUCGAUACAACUAUAAUUACAAUUUGACGACGUGAUCGAAAAUUUUUUAUAUUAAAAGAUGAAGGUGCCAGAACGGAGAGAACGGUAGAAGAGCUCACGACAACCACAUUUUAACAGCAGGAUUUUAUCAUAAC